CAUCCCCUAUUUUCCUACUCCUGACUAUAUAAUCCACACUCAACUUUUCUAGCGAAUAGUUUCGACUAAAAUCUCGUCCAAGUUACAUCGUGUGUAUUACGAUCAGUCAAAUAUUUUUCUUACGAUUUACGGAUUUUACAAAAAAAAAAAUUUUCAAACCAUGUGUGAUUCUAAAAGCACAAGAUUCUUUAGACCCUGGAAUGGAGAUGUUACGAAUGCAGAAAAAGUGUCGUCAACAUUAAUUAAAGGGUCAAUAGCCCAAGAAGUGAAGUGCGAACCAGAAGAAGAUGCUGAAAGUGUCAUUUCAAAUGACAGUGUUUGUAAUCAAUCUGAACGUGAUGAAUCAAGGAUUAGUUCAUCAUCAAGAUCAUGUUCAGUAAAUAGUGAAGAUUUAUCGGAAACAAGUAGUCUAAAUAUGCUCAGUAAUUUUGUUUUUAAUGCACAUCCUGAACAUCAUUCUGGCUCAACAGCAAGUAAUCUCUCAAUGGAAUCGUGUAAAGAUAAUAAUAUCUCACAUUCAUAUUCAAAUAAUUAUUAUAAUUCGUGUCCAAUAUAUUCGCCUUCGAAUUAUUUAACACAUUUUAAAUCUGGAUUACUACCAAUUGAAGGAUGUCCAAAUCCAUUUGAUGUUUAUCAUUCACAUAAUUUACAUUAUGGAUUAACGGCCUUUUCACCUGAUACUUAUGCAAGUGUCGAAGAAGCAGUCAAAUACAUUCAUGAACAGGAUGUUGCCGCAAAACAAAUGAAGAAACUAAGACCUAAAAAAUUUAGAUGCGAACAUUGUAAUGUUGCAUUCAGCAAUAAUGGACAACUUAAAGGACACGUUCGAAUUCAUACCGGUGAAAGACCAUUUAAGUGUGACGCUGAAGGCUGUGGAAAAUCCUUCACUCGAAAUGAAGAACUAACAAGGCAUAAACGAAUUCACACUGGUUUACGACCACACUCUUGUAUUGUUUGUGGAAAACGUUUUGGCCGAAAAGAUCAUUUAAAAAAACAUACAAGAACACACGACAACAGAGGUCCAUAUCAUGUACCAGUGGUUCCAUUUGGAUCAUUCGCAAUAGGACAUUCUAUUCCAACAGCUUUUCAUUAUCCACUCUAAUAUCUAUAUAAAUAAAAAUUGGAUUUGAUAAAGAAAUUUUUAAAAAACGAUUUAAAAACAAAAAAAAAUAUAUAUAUAAACUAUUUGUAUAUAAUAAAUUUAUAAAACAGUUUUGAUAUAAAAUGCCUUUUAAAUAUAAAAUCUUGAGAUUAUAUAAACUUUCUUGGAAAAAAAAGCGGAAAAAUAUUUUUGAUAUAUUGUAUUUUCAAAAACUUGAUAAAUUGAAAGCCAGAAUAUGUUAUAAAGGUGUAGGUUUAUAUCUGACAUUUUGUAUUAAAAAAAAAACUUGU